CCUCCCAUGGGUGUUUCGUUCCAAGUCAAACAAAGAAGAACUCGUGUUGGGAGGCGGCCGUCGAGCUGGCAACCUCUUUCUCAUCCUCCUCAAGGAACCCGGACGGAGUUCGUCCAUCUCAAGGAAGAGGAGAGAGAGCGAGAGAGAAGUGGAAAGAUGUGUCCCCUGAGAGUGCUGCUCAUCCUUUUGUCAGCAACCUUGGCUGGUUUCUUCGUGCUGAGAAACCUCAAGCCCCAGCCGGAACUCAACGAAGAGCGCCAGGAAGAAGACUCCCCAGAAGAACCCCUUUCCCUUACCACCAAAGUUGGAUCGGCCAUCAGCACAGGGUUCUGGACCUGCGUCGACAUGGCUAGUGGGAGGUACUUGUGGAGGAUUCUGAUGACCCCUUCUGCGGCCGGCAAGGAGAAGAAGGCUUGCUGAUCUGUCUGUGGGAAGAGGUUCCUAUUGCCUCUUUCCUUUUACCUUUCUGUGUUUGUUUGGAACAGAGAAGACUAGUGAUUGUUGAGUUUUCAUACAUGGGGGAUCUUGCAAUAAGCAAUGCUUUAAAUUGUAACUGAACUGAAUGAAAUCCAGGAAGCUUUUGAGA